UUGAGGUUAGCCUAAGAGGAUAUUGCACUAUUGCAGACUUGCAGUGGCGGGGAAAACCCAGAAAAACCCUUGGUUUUUAAAGAACCACCAAAUCAAAACCUAUUACACCGAUAAAAAUAUUCGGCGGCAGCGUUGAGUUGUCCUGCGCCUGAGCAAAAACGACCUUUUAGCCGAACCGAAUCUGUAACGGAUCGAUGUCAACAUCGGGGCAGCCGCAAUUUCGGUACACGCAGACACCAUCUAAGGUUCUUCACCUGCGGAACCUCCCAUGGGAGUGCGUCGAAGAAGAGCUAAUCGAGCUGUGCAAACCCUUCGGCAAGAUCGUCAAUACUAAGCUCAAUGUUGGCUCCAACCGCAACCAAGCAUUUGUUGAAUUUGCUGAUCUUAAUCAGGCAAUUAAUAUGGCCACCUACUAUGCUUCAUCUUCAGACCCUGCACAAAUUCGUGGCAAAGCUGUGUAUAUUCAGUAUUCAAACAGGCAUGAAAUUGUCAACAACAAGGGCCCUGGAGAUGUUCCGGGCAAUGUUCUACUCGUAACUAUUGAGGGCGUUGAAGCUAGUGAUGUCAGCAUUGAUGUCAUUCAUUUGAUGGUCAUAAUUUAAUAUCUUUUGUUGGAGACACUGGAUAAAUUGUCAUUUGGGUCGUACAAAUAUCUAUGGCUUGCCUAUACAGGUAUUUUCAGCCUUCGGUUUUGUGCACAAGAUUGCUACUUUUGAAAAGGCAGCAGGCUUUCAGGCUUUGAUCCAGUUUACAGAUGUUGAGACUGCAGUUACUGCUAGAGAAGCAUUGGACGGGAGAUGCAUCCCAAGGUACCUGCUCCCUGAGCAUAUUAAUGAUUGUAAUCUGCGCAUUGCAUUCUCUGCUCAUACUGAUCUUAAUAUAAAGUUCCAGUCCAACCGGAGCAGAGAUUAUACAAAUCCAUAUCUUCCUGUAAAUUCCACUGCAAUGGAGGGAUACAUUCAGCCUGUUGUAGGUCUAGAUGGUAAGAUAAAAGAGGCAGAGAGUAAUGUGCUUCUUGCCUCCAUUGAGAAUAUGCAGUAUGCUGUCUCUUUGGAUGUCCUUCAUACGGUAUUCUCUUCAUUUGGUACGGUCCAAAAGAUUGCAAUAUUUGAAAAGAAUGGGGGAACACAAGCGUUCAUCCAAUAUCCCGAUGUUGCAACUGCAACUGCUGCAAAAAAUGCUCUGGAGGGACAUUGCAUCUACGAUGGUGGCUAUUGUAAGCUUCAUCUGUCAUACUCUCGUCACACUGAUCUGAAUGUGAAGGCAUACAGUGAUAAAAGCAGAGAUUACACAGUCCCGGAACCGGCUUUGCGUCCAAUGCAACAAGCUCCGGCCUUCUCUAAUAACAAUACAUCGGCGACACAAACUUGGCAGAACUCUCAGUUUGUGGCUACACACCAGCCUCCAGCCGGGUAUGGAGGCCCCCCUCCUCCCAUGCCCUCCCAAAAUAACCAUUGGAACCCGACCCAACCCGGAAGACCGAUCUUCCAUCCAAACGCAAACACCUUUCCAGGUCAAGGCUUUUCAUACUCACACACUCUUACUCCUCCGGGUGAGCCUCCUCGUUAGCUGAAUGGAUGAAAAAGCUGUUCAUGUAAUUUGUGUGCAGUCAUUAUUUGUCUCACUCGAGUAAACAGUGAUUGUUUCUUUUUCAAAAACUUGAUUGGAUGCAACUUUUUUUUUUGUCGCUGAGUGGGAUGUGAUGGGGAUGAAGCUGGACGGAUGCAGUGGGGUGGUUUGACUAAUUCUGGGGGCUAAUGCUAAUAGUGUUGAGUUUAAAUUUAAUUAUUGGAGGGAGGG